AUGGAGCAGGCAGUCCCAUCUCCGUCAGGCGUAUCGGACAGCGCCACAGCAGCUGCAGGUGCCGAGGUUUAUGGCAACAUGACCCUAAGUGCGGACUGUGGCUUGAUCGACAGCCUGGGUACCAAUCUCCCAAUCGAUCUCAGGGCGGAGCUGGCCAGUGCCUUCGGGGUCUCCAGUGCUGACAACAUCGUCAUCACCAACCUCAGCAGCUGUGAGUCCUCAUCAGUCACUGUAAACUACGUGGUCCGGCUCCCAGUCAAUGCUUCGGAUUCCUCCGUCGCCGAUGCCGCAGCUGCCAUCGCCAGUAGCCUCAGCUCACACAUCAGCAGCGACUUCACGUCCCAGUGGGGAGCCGUUACUGCAUCACAUCUGGAGGGCAUUGUAAACCCCAUCACCACACAGCAACAGCAGGAGCAGAAGGAGCAGUCGCAGCAGCAGGAGCAGCCCGAUUCUGCAGCAGCAACUGACUCACCGUUGGCAGUGGAAGCCACAAGUACCAUGGCGGCCAAAGGCGGCCACCAGCCCACCACUACCAAGGUGGCGCUCAUUACCACGCUAUCGGGUAUUGCAGGAGUCGCUGUUCUGGUUGCGGUGGUCAUCAUCAGCUUAAAAUUGGCCAGAGCUAGGCGCGAGAUGAGGAUAGCACCUGUGAUCAACACACCAUCGAUAUCACCUGCCCGUCACACAGCAGCUCUUGCAUGGACAUAG